UCGAGGCAGGCAGGCGAGCGGGCGGCACACUCGGGGCGAGCGAAGAAAGGGCAGCGCCAGCGCCGCGAGCUGGGGACCCCCGAGCGCCCCGCAGCCCCGGGCCGGUCGGUUCUCGCGCGGGGUCGGGCCCCAGAGCCCCGAAGGCCGCCCAGAGCAGUGAGGGCACGAAAGGAGCUGGGCCCCGGGAGGCCAGACCCCAGCGUGCCACGGGGCAGCAUGGACGCCAGCCUCCCAGGCCUCGCCCUGCUCACCACCAUCUUCCUGAGCGUGGCCACCACCGACGCCGCCUGGUGGAACCUGGUGCCCAGGAAAACCAUCCCCUACAACGAGCUGAAGGACGUGGCGAAGCGGUUCUCCAAGGCAGGCGUGUCGCACUACAUGACACUGACGCUGGGCGAGGCCGAGAGGGUGCUGUACGUGGGUGCCCGGGAGGCCAUCUUCGCCCUCGCCACCGGCACCAUGGAGCUGAAGGCAGCGAUCUCCUGGGAGGCUCCGACAGAGAAGAAAGUGGAAUGUAUCCAGAAGGGCAAGAACAACCAGACCGACUGUUUCAACUAUAUCCGCUUCCUCCAGAGCUACAACAGCUCCCACCUGUACGCGUGCGGCACCUUCGCCUUCCAGCCCAAGUGCACCUACAUUGAGGAGUCCAGUUUCUCCCUCAACAGGCUGGCCUUUGAGGACGGGAAAGGGAAGUGCCCCUACGACCCAGCCAAAGGCCACACGGGCCUCAUCGUGGAUGGCGAGCUGUACUCGGCGACACUCAACAACUUCCUGGGCACGGAGCCGGUGAUCCUGCGCAACCUGGGCCCCCACUACUCCAUGAAGACAGAGUACUUGGCCUCCUGGCUAAAUGAGCCCCACUUCGUGGGCUCGGCCUACGUGCAGGAGAGCGUGGGCAGCCCCAGCGGGGACGACGACAAGGUCUACUUCUUCUUCAGUGAGCGGGCCGUGGAGUACGACUGCUACGCCGAGCAGGUGGUGGCCCGCGUGGCACGGGUCUGCAAGGGGGAUGUGGGCGGCGCCCGGACCCUGCAGAAGAAGUGGACGACGUUCCUCAAGGCCCGGCUGGUCUGCUCCAUCCCGGAGCAGCAGCUGCACUUCAACCGGCUGCAGGCCGUGUACACGCUGGGCGGGACCACCUGGCGCGACACCACUUUCUUCGGCCUCUUCCAGGCUCGUUGGGGGGACGUGGACGUCUCUGCCGUCUGCCAGUACCACAUCGAGGAUGUGCGCAAGGCCUUCGAGGGGCCCUACAAGGAGUACCGGGAGCAGGCCCAGAAGUGGGGCAGGUACUCGGACCAGGUGCCCAGCCCCCGGCCUGGGGCGUGCAUCACUGACUGGCACCGGCAGAAUGGCGUCGCCAGCUCGCUGGAGCUGCCCGACAACACGCUGAACUUCGCCAAGAAGCACCCGCUGAUGGACGAGCCGGUGCUGCCGCGCCACGGCCGGCCCCUGCUGCUCAAGAAGGACGCCAACUUCACCCGGCUGGUGGUGGACCGGGUGCGUGGGCUGGAUGGGGCCUCCUACAACGUGCUCUUCAUUGGGACAGGUGACGGGUGGCUCCACAAGGCCCUGGUCCUGCCCUCCCGUGUCCACCUCGUGGAGGAGCUUCAGGUCUUCGAGCCAGCGCAGCCCAUCGAGAGCCUCAUGCUGGCCCACCAGAAGAAGCUGCUCUUUGCAGGCUCUCGCUCCCAGGUGGCGCGGCUGCCCCUGGCGGACUGCGCCAAGUACCGCUCCUGCGCCGACUGCGUCCUGGCCAAGGACCCCUACUGCGCCUGGAGCCGCAACGCCAGCCGCUGCCUCCGGGCUGACGGCUCUGAUGGGUCCCUGCUGGUCCAGGACGUGGUGAACGCGGAUACGGCUCUCUGCAACCUCCUCCGAGCACCCCCCUCAGUUAAAGUCACUCCCAAGAACAUCACGGUGGUGGCUGGCACGGACCUGGUCCUGCCCUGCCGCCUCACCUCCAACCUGGCCCGGGCUCACUGGACCUUCAACGGGCGGGAGCUGGCCGAGGACCAGGCCUCGGUGCUGUACGACGCCCGCCUGCAGGCCCUGGUCAUCCUGGGCACAGGCCCCCAGCAUGGUGGUGCCUACCGGUGCUUCUUGGAGGAGCAGGGCGCGCACCUGGCAGCCGAGGGCUACGUGGUGUCGGUGGUGGCAGGCCCAGCUGCCACGCUGGAGGCGCGGGCCCCACUGGAGAGCCUGGGGCUGGUGUGGAUGGUGGCGAUUGCGCUGGGUGCCCUGUGCCUGGUGCUGCUGCUGGUGGUGCUGUCCCUGCGGCGCCGGCUGCGGGAGGAGCUGGCCAAGGGCACCAAAGCUGUGGAGAGCACCCUGGUGUAUCCCAUCGAGCUGCCCAAGUCGCCCCCCAGCCCCAAGUUUGUUCCCAGCGCCACCUCGGACUCGGACGAGAAGCUCUGGGACCCGGCCAGCUACUACUACUCGGACGGCUCCCUCAAGAUCGUGCCGGGCCACGCCAUGUGCCAGAACGGCUCGGCCACACCCUCGCCCCCCGCCAAUGGCAUCCCCGGGCAGCCCCUGGCCUCCCCGCCCCCGCACUCGCCCAACCGCAUCCACCUGGGCAGCGUCCGCGGCUCCUCCUCCAACGGCUACAUCCGCCUGCAGCUGGGCACCGAGGAGCGGCCCGGCUACAGUGACCUGGCCGAGGAGCUACGCCGCAAGCUCCAGCAGCGCCAGGCACUGCCCGACUCCAACCCCGAGGAGUCCUCGGUGUGAGCCCGGGGCUGCGGGCCUCUGACGCAGGCACAGCUACCUCAGACCCGGCCGGGGGCGCCGGGAUCCCCUGCCCUGCCCAGCCGGGACGCAUGUGGGACCCUUUUCUAACGACCCCGGUGGAUUUUGAUCCCCCUGCGGCUGCUGUCAGUAUUUCAGUGGAUCGGGCCCAUUCCAGAGCCCGCCUGGGCCCUGGGAAUGGCUGGUUGGGAUGUAUGGGCAGGUCCUGGAUGGACGGACGGAGGGGACACAUGAGUCUGCCCCGGAUCCUGGAUGGAUGGAGCCUACUUAAGACUUGAUGCCUGGAGCGGAUGCGGGUGGGAUUUUAGAGGCCGGCUCGCCCGAGAGGCACAGCCUGGUGCUGUUGGCUGUUGGCUGGACCCCUCCUUGUGAAAGCAUUAUCCAGUGGGUGCCUGGGGUGGCCACUGGCAUGUGGAUCCCUUCACCCACUGCUGGGUGGGAGCAAGGGCAGACCCAGAGCUGACACAAGGUGCCCUCCCAGUAAUGCUGGGCAGGACUGCAUUGCAUGCUGGGAACAGGGCACCCAUCUCGAUUACCUAUGGGCUGCAGUCUGGGGGGUGGGGGUGGUGUCAGCUCUGGCCUUCUCCCUGUGCCCCCAAAGGUGGCACCCCAUGGCCAGCCUGCGUGCUGGUGAUGGGCCAAUGGUGUCCUUGUACCGGGGAGGGGGGGCCAGCUGGUGGAAUGGGGGGCUGUGUUCCUGUGCGCUCUCCCCCCCUCCCUCCCUCAGGCCAGCUCAAACCACAGAGAUGGACUUGGUGACUUUGCCACACACCCUCUCCGAGGGGUGGAGGAUGUGGGGUGGGGAGGUACCAGUGUAAAUACCCACACACACACACCCCACCUGGGUCCCUGCCUCUUGGCCAAGCCAGUUCCUGCCCCAGCUACCCCCGAUCCCGCACGCCAUCUGCCUCCCCCACCCCCUUAUCAGUGUAAAUAAGCAGCAAGGACCCCCUGACCCCAGUGUAAUUUAUUUGUUAUUGAAAUCUAUUUAUUGGCUGUAAAUACUGGAGUAUUUUUAUAUUAAUAAUAAAAGGGAGGAAA